GAAAAGGUCAUGUUAGCAAUGGAAGAGCUAUUAUGUGAACUUACUGAUCAUGAAAAGAGAAACAAGCAAGGUUUGCCACCAGGUUUUAGGUUUCACCCGACUGAUGAAGAACUUGUAACCUUUUAUUUGGCUUCAAAGGUGUUUAACGGCAGCUUCACUGAUAUCAAAUUUGCUGAGGUUGAUCUCAAUAGAUGUGAACCAUGGGAACUUCCAGAUGUGGCAAAGAUGGGGGAGAGAGAGUGGUAUCUGUUCAGCUUGAGGGACAGAAAAUACCCAACUGGACUAAGAACAAACAGAGCAACCGGAGCUGGAUACUGGAAGGCCACUGGGAAGGACAGGGAAAUUUACAGUGCGUCCAGUGGAGCCCUACUUGGCAUGAAGAAGACCCUUGUUUUCUACAAAGGCAGGGCCCCUCGUGGUGAAAAGACCAAAUGGGUCAUGCAUGAGUACCGUUUGGACGGUGACUUUUCCAUUUCCCACCCUCACACUCACACUUGUAAGGAGGAAUGGGUGAUAUGCAGGAUAUUUCAUAAAUCUGGGGAGAAGAAAACUCCACUGCUUCAAGUUCAAGGACAUUUGGUACCUUCUUUGUCCCCCACAAAAAGUUCUUUACCCCCAUUACAUGCAAGUCCAAUGACUUCCUUUUCACUUGAACUAGAAUGUCAAUCCCAAGUUCUGAUUCACCACCAAGAGCAAAAUGACCUCUCCCAUUCUCAUAUUUUCCCAUUGCAUGCAUUCCAACCUUCUUUCCCAAUAGCUGCUGCUAGUGCAUCAGGAGAAAUCACCAACACAAGAAACCAUCCAUCUUCGGAACUAUUCUUGAAGUCCAAGCUUUCGCAACAAUAUUCCACCCUGAAGGUCAAGGAACAGAAUAUUCCGAAAACGGAGGCUACAUUCUAUCAAUACCAAUUACUAGAUGACACUAAUAACUUGCGCUGGAUGGAAAAGUUGAAUCCAAAUCAAAGUAAUUUCCAGAACUCCUUCCCUCUAGAGAUGGAUGCUGACCUGAUGGUGUUCUCAGGAGCUGGAAAUGGUGAAUAUAGGGACAUGUACAAUUCAAUAGCCUUUAACAGAGUAGGGUUGCAACAGAUGCCAGAUACUCCUAUCGGAACAGAUUCUUGGCCGCUGGCCCAGAAUGUUUAG